UUCCAUUUCGCUGCUUGCUCUCUCUAUUUCCCCAAAUACCAAAUCGACCCCAAGUCCUAGGGUUCUCCUUCAUCGCCCACCCCUCUACCGUUCUCACAUCACUCUCUCCUACUCCCGUGGUGAAGGGGGAAGCGGCUCUUAACUUAUCUCUAUGAAUUUUUAAUGGGAGGCCAUGCUCUGGAAAAUAGAAUAGCAUUACUGCUUCUUUAGCUCAUUCAUUUCCUUGAUUUCCUGAAGAUACAUGCCAUGGCAAAGGGGAAGCUUAUACUAAUCUGCCAGUCUGGUGGGGAGUUUAUUACCAAGGACGACGGCACAUUGUCGUAUGAAGGGGGAGAGGCAAAUGCUGUAAAUAUCAAUCAUGAAACCCUGUUUGAUGAUCUAAAAUUGAAGUUAGCUGAAAUGUCUAAUUUAGAUCAGAGAACAAUUAUUAUCAAGUAUUUCCUCCCAGGAAACAGGAGAAAUCUUAUCACUUUAAGAAAUGACAAGGACCUGAACAGAAUGAUUGAUUUUCAUGGGAAUUCAGUAACUGCCGAAAUUUUUGUCGAUGGAAAGAAAGGAUUUGACCAUGAUGCUAUCAAAUUACAAGCCAGCAGGGCCAGUGGUGUGAAACUGGCGGAGACAGUAAACCAUAUUUCAACACCGUCAACUGCUGCUGCUUCAGUAGCCAAUACCCCACCUGAUGUUGGUGACCUUCCGGCCGACAAGAUUGCAGACAGCUCGAGCCCCAGUUAUACUGAGUCACCCACAUCUUCAGAAGAUGGUGCUGAAAAUGAUUCUGAUUAUAAGCCACGGUUAGUUGUAAAGGGUAGUGGUGAUCAGAGUCCAGCUGUUUUAGAUAUGGGUGGUAGUCCAGCAGAUGCCGUCAAGAAGCGGAGGCGUACGGCCUCAUGGAUGAUUGGUGCCCAUGGUCCAACUAUUGUUGCAGUUAGUGAUAAUGAUGGGGACAGUAGAAGGCGGAAGAAAAAUCACCGAGGUCGCAGUAGUUUAGCUGCCAGUGACAACUUGGAAAAUCAAACAAAUGAUCUUGACAGUCCUUCCAGUGUCGCUUUUUCUGACGAUGGUUUACCAGAAAAAUUAGUUGCCUCGUGGAGAGAUUGCAUCAUUGGCGUGGGACAGGACUUUAAAAGUGUGAAGGAGUUUCGGGAGGCAUUGCAAAAGUAUGCUAUUGCUCACCGCUUUGUCUAUAAAUUGAAAAAGAAUGACUCUAAUCGUGCAAGUGGCAUUUGUGUCGAGGAAGGCUGUUCCUGGAGCAUUCAUGCAUCUUGGGUUCCUGCUUGUCAGUCCUUUCGAAUUAAAAAGUUCAACAAUUCUCAUACAUGUGGAGGGGAGUCUUGGAAGAAUGCUCAUCCUGCAAAGAAAUUGCUGGUAAGUGUCAUAAAGGACAAAUUACGAGACUCCCCACAUCAUAAACCCAAAGAAAUUGCUAAAAGCAUUUCGCGAGACUUUGGAAUUGAAUUGAAGUAUACACAAGUAAGGCGUGGGAUAGAGGACGCUCGCGAGCAACUCCAGGGUUCAUAUAAAGAGUCAUACAAUCGCUUGCCUUGGUUUUGUGAAAAGCUGGUGGAGAUAAAUGCUGGUAGUAUCGUUAAGCUGGUGACUGAUGAUGAGAAAAGACUUCAAUGCCUUUUUGUCUCUUUUCUUUCCUGUUUACAAGGCUUCCAGAAUGGUUGCCGGCCCAUUCUUUUUCUCAAUGCUACAUUUCUGAAAUCAAAAUACCAAGAAAGUUUGUUGACAGCGACUGCAGUUGAUGGCGAUGAUGGUUUCUUUCCAGUUGCAUUUAGCAUAGUUGAUACUGAAAAUGAGGAGAACUGGCGUUGGUUUCUGGAGCAACUGAAAUCUGCAAUUCCAACUACCCUACCCUUAACUUUUGUCACAGAUAGGGAAAAGGGACUGAAAAAGACUGUCCAUGAGGUAUUUGAGAAUGCUUUCCAUGGUUAUUCCAUGUACCACCUUAUGGAAAGUUUCAAGAGAAAUUUGAGGGGUCCAUUCCAUGGAGAAGGAAGAGGUGUUUUACCUGGGAAAUUUUUGGCUGCUGCACAUGCAGUUCGACUUAAUGGUUUUAAGAAGUUCACUGAGCAAAUUCGGCAGAUUUCUUCAAAUGCUUAUGAUUGGGUAAUUCAGAUUGAGCCAGAGCAUUGGACAAGUUUGUCGUUUGGAGGUGAGCAAUAUAACUAUAUUGUACAGAAUGUUGCAGAACCAUAUAGUAAGCUGAUGGAUGAAAUUAGAGAAUCAACCAUAAUGCAGAAGAUAGAAGCACUCAUUUACAUGAUAACUGAACUUAUAAAUACUCGCCAAAUGGAGUCAAGCAAAUGGGCAACAAAGCUGACUCCUUCCAAAGAGAAAAGGAUACAAGAUGAAGCUCUUAAAGCACAUGCUCUGAGAGUGUUUAUAUCGUCAGAUGUUCUAUUUGAGGUUCAUGAUGAUUCUACUCAUGUGGUCGAUAUUGAGAAAUGGGAAUGCACUUGCCUAGAAUGGAAAGGAAGUGGGAUACCUUGUCGCCAUGCUAUUGCUGCUUUCAACUGCUCAGGGAGGAGUGUCUACGAUUACUGUUCAAGACACUUCACUGUAGAGCGUUACCGCCUAACGUAUUCCGAGUCCAUAAAUCCGGUUCCUGGAAUUGGUGUGCCUUUCGGGAAAGAAGAUGCUGAUUCAGGUGACACGAAGGUGCUUCCUCCUGCUCCCCGGUCCCCAAAUCAACAGAAGAAGGACCAGACUAAAACAGACGAUCCGGAUAAGAGGACAGUCACUUGUUCCAAAUGCAAGGAACCUGGGCACAACAAGGCUUCAUGUAAGGCCACCUUGUAGGUCCUACUGUUUUAUGUAAAUGUUGUACAGCUUGUAUAUCCAAAAAGUUGGGAUUCUUUGAAUUACCUCUAGUUUUAGGAGAUUGGUUGUGCUAUGUUACUUGAGGUUGUGAUUCUGAGAAGUGUCUGCUUUAGACUGACCCAACCCUUUUAAGGCUGUUCAUCUACCUUUUUCUUUGAUCA